AGUCCCACCAAGGCGGGCCUCGGACCCAUCAAGUCUCCCAGGAUGCCCAAGUGUUCCCGGUGCAGGAACCACGGGUUUGUGUCUCCUCUGAAAGGACACAAGAGGUUCUGUAGCUGGAGGGACUGUCAGUGUGCCAAGUGUAAACUGAUAGCAGAGAGACAGAGAGUCAUGGCAGCUCAGGUGGCUCUGAGAAGACAACAGGCUCAGGAGGAGGAGCUGGGGAUCUGCAGUCCAGUGCCUCUGUCUGGUUCUGAUGUGAUGAUCAAGAAUGAAUCUGGAGUGGACUGCUUGUUUUCUGUGGACGGACGGUCUAGUUCUCCCACAAGCUUCCCCUCCACGUCUCUAGCUGUUUCAGCAGGUGCCUCAUGGAGACGGAUGCCUGCCGGGCCACAACGUGUCCUCUCAGUACCGCAUGUAUUACCCUGGUUCUCCCUACCUGAGCCAGGGCCUGGCCUCUCCCACCUUCUUCAGCCUGGAGGACACCACCAGCUGCUCUGAGAGCAUGGCAACCUCCUUCUCCUCCGCCCAUGACUCCUCUGCAACCUGCCGCUCCGUCGGCUCCCUGGUAGCCUCCGAUGUGAAGGUGGAGUGUGUGCCUGGAGGUCAGACCUUCUCCAUCGAUGGUGCUGAUGGUGACAGCAGCAAGUAGAAGAUCAGCGGGCCAUCCAGUUUAACCUUUAAUCUGUCUAAUCUGACUUCAAUCUGAGUUUAAUCUGAGUUUAAUCUGAGUUUAAUCUGAAGUUUAACCCUGAUUUCAAUCUGAGUUUAAUCUGUUUAAUCUGAGUUUAAUCUGAAGAUUAAUCGGUUUAAUCUGAGUUUAAUCUGAAGUUUAACCCUGAUUACAACCUGAGUUUAAUCUAAAGUUUAACCCUGACUAUAACCUGAGUUUAAUCUGAAGUUUAACCCUGAUUUUGAUCUGAGUUUAAUCUGAGUUUAAUCUGUUUAAUCUGAGUUUAAUCUGAGUUUAAUCUGAAGUUUGACCCUGCUUUUAAUCUGAACUUCAACUCUGAGUUUAAUCUGAGUUUAAAUCUGAGUUUAAUCUGAAGUUCAACUCUGAGUUAAUCUGAGUUUAAGUCUGAAUUUAAACAGAAAUAUAACUCUGUGUUUAAUCUGAGUUUAAUCUGUUUAAUCUGAGUUUAAUCUGUUUAAUCUGAGUUUAAUUUGAAGUUCAACUUUAAAUUUAAUCUGAAGUGUAACUCUGAGUUUAAUCCCUGCAGAAAGGUGACAUGAAGUCAAAUGUUCAGAUUUUGAUCAAUAAAUGUUUGAUUUUUGUGCAGAAA